CCUACUGUUAAACAUGACUUUUGCAGACUCAUGAGAGAGUUACUUGGUCUUCCUGUUGAAUUCUCUGGAACUGCUUCAGAAAAUGAAGUCUCCAUUCCGCUCACUUAAGAGGAUAAGCAUGUUUCUGCCAACGCAAAGAAUGAAGAGGCAUAAGUUUCCCUACAGGUGUCCCACAAGAAAGAAGAUUUUGAUCCUGUGUUUCACAGGGUGGGUGAUUGCACUCCUGAAGCUCCUCCAUGUUGAAAGACACUUUUUUCCACCUAGGAGUAUUUAUCUGGUCGAGCACUUCUUGAGCACCUCUUCGUAUGUCAGAAACAGAUAUUCCUAUCUUAGAAACCACUUCCAGUAUGAAAUUAACUGUUCAUCUAUAUAUGAGCAAGAUCCUCAGGAAAUCGGCAAGAGUUUAGAGAUAAGAAGGAAAGAUAUAAUUGAUUUAGAUGAUGAAGAUAUCAUUGCAAUGACAAAUGAUUGUGACAUGUAUCGUACACUGAGGAAAUACCACCUGAUACCUGUUUCUCCGGAGGAAGAGAGUUUCCCAAUAGCCUAUUCUUUUGUUGUCCACAAAGAUGCAGUGAUGGUUGAAAGGCUCAUACAUUCGCUGUACAGUCAUCAAAAUAUAUACUGCAUUCACUAUGACCAAAAAGCAGCAAAAAGUUUUAAAUCUGCUAUGAACAAUCUAGCUAAAUGUUUUCCCAAUAUUUUCAUUGCAUCAAAACUGGAGAUGGUGAACUAUGCACAUAUUUCAAGACUGCAAGCAGAUUUAAAUUGUUUGUCUGAUCUGAUGAACUCUGCGGUUCCCUGGAAGUAUGUUAUUAACUUGUGUGGCCAAGAUUUCCCUUUGAGAUCAAAUUUCCAGUUGGUUGCUGAACUGAAGAAACUCGGUGGGGGAAACAUGCUGGAAACUAUAAAGCCCAGUAGUAGCAAAAGAGAACGAUUUACUUAUCAUUAUGAACUCAUGAAAGUGCCUUAUGAAUACAUGCAGAUACCUGUGAAAACCAACAUUUCCAAAAACCCACCACCUCAUAAUAUUAAGGUAUUUGUUGGCAGUGCCUAUUUUGUUUUAAGUCGAGCUUUCAUUCAGUACAUCCUUAGCAGCUCUCUUGUAAAAGACUUUUUUGAUUGGUCGAGGGAUACUUACUCUCCAGAUGAACAUUUCUGGGCCACUCUUGUGCGUGUUCCUGGAGUGCCUGGGGAACUUUCGAGGUCUGCCCGAGACAUCACAGACUUGCAGAGCAAAACUCGUUUGGUGAAAUGGAAUUAUCUUGAAGAUCAUUUGUAUCCUCCAUGCACUGGUACCCACCUUCGUAGUGUCUGCAUCUAUGGGGCCGCAGAAUUAAGAUGGCUUAUGAAUUAUGGGCACUGGUUUGCCAAUAAGUUUGACUCCAAAGUAGAUCCUGUCCUGGUAAAAUGCUUGGCAGAAAAACUGGCAGAACAACAAAAAGAGUGGGUCUAUUUGUCUUCUGACAAACAUUUUCUGCGUAUCAAUCCUGCAAAUGCCUCCCUAUAGCAAUGCUAUUCUUCCAGCUGCUGGUACUGUAUACUGCUAUAGCUUGGAGCCUGGGAUUCUCCAGCCCUGACCUGCUGUAGAGGAGUUCCUUCUGCAUUAAGUUCAGGACUUUGAAGAGAGAGGUAUCUGGAUACUAUUUGUGAAAUUAGCAACUCUCUGGUUGACUGUUUUUUUAACUUGCCACAACAAUCCCAUAACUAUUCUUCAAGGUGAUUCUGGAAGGGUAAGGCUUGCUUUUGGAAGCACUGGUACUGUCUACCCUAAUGGAAUACUUCAGAAAACUGUUUUACAUUGUGUGUUUGUGUCUUUCCUAAGAAACCCCGCCAUGCUUGUUCUCCUGUCCCCUUUUCCUGCACUUUUUCAAUAAGGUAUGAAACAAAGACCUCUGCAUCUGCUACCUCAGGAGAAUUGGAAGUGCUCCGCUUGCAGGCAUAACUAAGAGACCAGUGUGACUCUGCUGGGCCGUGCAGCCCCUGCUGCAGCUUGGAGUGCGCUGCUUCCCACCUGCAGGUGCUGACAGGACUGCAAUGUGAACUCUUCUGGAUGGCACAAAGGAAGAAUUACCCUUGGAUGCCACAAUAGCAUUGUGUCCUUCUCCCAGCUUUGCUGUGCAUGCUUUGUCUUUCUGUGUUUGGGAGUGUGCUGUGCCUGUGGAAUGGGUGGUGGUGGAUUGAAGCAAUUUGUGUGAACACAUGUGUGAAUAAUGCUUUACUGUUCUUCAGUGGCAGUACAGGUAACCAUGCCAAAUGAUGUCUGCCUCCAUUUCUAUCCCUGCCAAUGGAAAUACCCUCCUGUGAAAUCCUACUUCUUUUGAGACAGCAUUUUUAUAUGCAGUGGGUAAAACUGCUAUUUAUAAUCAGUAUUCAGCUUGGUGGUGCUAUGCUGAAAUGCAAAACACGCUAUGUCCAGCAGCAAUCAUACGAACAGUCACACUGCAGAUAGGAAGGCCUUGUGAAUGCAUCUAUGGUCCCAGGCUGAUCUGUGCCCAGGGAAGUUCUGCUUCAAAGCAGGUUAGCAUUGGAGUAGCUGUGCCCCAAGGCAACCCAUGCUACCCAUGGUCCGCACCAUAGGAAGGGGCUGGGCAGCCUCCUCUCAGCUGGGUUGUCAUGUAGUAUAAGGGAAGUGUUGGUCAGCACAGAACCUUUGUGACUAAGAAAUGCCCUUUGGCAUUUCUGGGGAUUCUCCGCAGUUUUGCUGUGCCACCAGCUCAGUUUUGGUGGUUCCAGUGGGCCUUGCAGUUAUACUUGCUCUGUGCUACGGUGCCAUUUCUGCAUAUUUAGCACUUAUCAAGCUGUGUGGUGUUACUGAAUCUCAGAUUGCCACAACAAUGAUCAUGUCCUGUGCCCACAAGAAAGCUUAGUUUCUUCUUUGAGUUUUAGGAACCAACUCAUUCCUUUGUCUCUUUUUUUGAAAAAUCAGCUUUUUAAAAUUUAGUCAAUGGUCAACAUGCUUGUGGCUUGAGUUUGGGCUUGAAUGGAGAGUCCAUACCUUUUCCCCAUUUGUGACACUGCUUUCCUUUGAGCCUUCAGACAAAUCAUCUGACUUCUGUUCCAGCUAUAAAAUGGGAACAACAAUGCUCUGCUACCUUGUCAAGCAUUUAGAAACCUAUGGAUGUUUGCUGUGGGCUGGUUGCACAGUACUAAUUAUUGAUCAAAGCUAUUUAUGAUUAAGUCUGUGUGUGUACAAGUUGAUUAUUUCUUUUAUGUACUGUUUCUCAAAUAAAUGGGGAUUAUUUUUUAUGUGUA